UAAACUGAAUCAAUUAAUCACUACUGCUGCUACUGUGUGUCUAGCAGGCCUAUUGUGAUGUAAAUGAAGGUUCCACAUACCACUCGGGCAGAGUUCAAUGUGCCAUAUUUAAAAGGGUGUGUACCGUCAUUAGUGUGUUCCAUUGCCUGUUUAUUAUACUUGGCUACCUUCAUAAUAGGGGAGGGGUUACAUAUACUGUAAGUUUCAUUUAGUCAGAAAUGUUUUUGUUGCAUGCUGGUCACCUGUUUUGUAGUUAACGGAGAGCAACGUUCUACUUCAGAUUUGACAGUAUAAGUACAGUUUUGCGAGGGCCAACAGUCAGGCGUCCUACGGUGACUGACAUGGAUACAACAGCUCUGAUCUACAAGGUCCUCUGUGCCCAUAAUGGGUCCUUUGAGCUGGGAGAAUUGCGUGCCAACAUUAGCACGAUGGAAGAUGACCUGGAAAGUGUUUUAGGGAAUCAGGAGAUGUUUACCAGGGCUGUCUCUAAGGGAAACAAACUGAUAGUUGCCAAGACGAAGAUGAGGUUAUGCAGAGCUAAUGGAUGUAGUGGCUGCAGCAAUUUACACCUGUGUAAGUUCUAUCUGUAUGGAACAUGUCCAUCCAAUCAGAGACAAGGAUGCCGUCUCUGCCAUGAGCUGACGUCAGAGCACAACAUCAGAGUCCUGAGAGAGCAUUACCUGGAGGAACUGGGCAGGAAGGAGCUGUGUACAUUACUGCUGCAGAAUGACAACGCCCUUUUACCCCCAGUUUGCUUCACAUACAACAAAGGUAGUGGAGAGUACGGUUACUGUCCUGACAAAGGGAGCUGCAGAAGACUGCACAUCUGUGAGCGCUACAUUACAGGAACCUGUGCUGCAGAGGUGGACUGUGACAGGUCUCACGACUUCUACGAGCCCCACCCGCUCAACACCCUGCAGCAGAGGGGAGUACCUAAUGAACUGGUGGCAUCCAUGUUGUCCACCUACCGCAACAUCCAGGCAAUCGGGCAUACUAAUGAUGCUAGUAACACACUUUGCAAAAAAGACUCUGACUGCCUGCUGAAAUCCAAAGCUUUACCCAGUCACUGGGAUAAAUCUUCAGUACCUGAAACUGGAUUCAAGAGGGUUGCUCUGCAGAGUUCCUCAGCUGAGCACAAGAAUAUUCUGGAUCUUUUCCACCAAACUAUGACUGGCUUCAGUGUGAAGACUAUUGAGAGGGUGCAGAAUCGGAUCCUGUGGGAGGUCUUUUCGUGGCAAGGAGAUGUGAUGAGAAAGGCAAAUGCAGGGAAAGGGAAUGAGAAGCAGCUCUUCCAUGGAACAGACUCUAAACACGUGGACGCUAUAUGCCUGCAGAACAUAGCCUGGAGGAUGGGUGGAACACAAGGAACGCCCUAUGGGCAAGGAAGCUACUUCUCUAAGGAUGCCAAGUUCUCCCACAGCUACACCAGCCAGUCAGGAGUCAGGUCCAUGUUUGUUUGUCGUGUGCUGGUGGGAAAUUACACGCAAGGACACUCCAGCUACCUCUGCCCCCCUUCAAAAGAUGGAAGUCACACCAUCUCCUAUGACAGCUGUGUGGAUGAUAUCUACAACCCCUCUGUAUUUGUGGUGGUCAGGAAGCAUCAGGUUUACCCAGAGUACCUUAUUCAGUACAGGGAAGGGUCCAGGCCUGGGACCUAAGUUCCACCACCUAACUUUGUUCAAAACCAGAGCCACCACAACAUGCACUGGACAUCUAUUCCAGUCAUGCUAUGCUCACCAGCCACCCCUGUGCUGCCCAACAAUGCAAGGUUCAGAUCUCCUUGCCCAACAGGACAGAGAACCCCCAGACCUACCUUGACACAUGCUUCUGCACAGUUUGGCUCCCUGAACUCCGUGACACAUCCAUUGUUUCAGUCAGAUCUGAUGACUUAUGUCUCUCCUCCACCACCCUGGGUCGGCUCUAUGACCUCCAUACCACACGCACCUCCAUCAAGGACAAGAUCACAGUUUACUAAAAUGAAAGCAAAAAGUAAAUCUAUGGCAUCACUAGAUAAUCUAUAAGUCUUGGUAGUCAAUUUUUUCUUUUGAAAUUUAGGAGGAAAUUACCUUUAUAUAUAAAUAAAUUGUAUUUAUGAAA